UCUAGACACACCAAAGAGAAUACAAAUAAAAUGUACUGUCGUACGCGUAGACGGGUUAUCGCUCUCGUAUUUUGUAAAAUAUUUAUCGCUGUUUUAUCGAGUUCCGUUGUAAAUUAUACUUCAGCUACACGAUAAAGGAUCAUACAUAGACAGUUUAGUUUGUACAUUAGACGAUUUUGUUCAUUUUUUUGUGAUAAAUAUGUGUGUCUAGUGAAGUGUAUAUUUUUUGUUGUUUUUGCGACAUCCCGGCGCCGGAAUGUCUGACGAGCUAGAAGCAAGGAUGUGGGAUGAAAGUGGCUCCCGAUACGAGUCUAGAAGUCGGGACACGUUCUUUGAAUCAGCGUUCGCUUCUUCGGAACAUUUGGACAGAGCACCAUUGUUAGCCGAGGAGACGUACUCCGACGUGCCGGUGACGUCGGCUACGGAACCAGAGCACUGUCACUGGCCACAAGCAGAGCCCCCCAGUGCGAUACCGCAGCUGCUGACCGCCCUCGUACUGUGCGCAUUCUUUAUGGUAUGCGAGCUGAUAGGCGGAUACUUGGCGGGGAGUUUAUCGGUGAUGAGUGAUGCGGCUCACAUGCUUAGUGAUUGCGGGGGGUUCGCGUUGGCUCUGUUGGCCUUCCACUGCGCGAAACGACCUCCCGACGUGCACAUGUCAUACGGAUACAAACGCGCCGAGGUUCUCGGAGCGAUGGUGUCGGUUCUGCUGAUAUGGAUACUGACUGGCGUGUUCGUCUACGUGGCGGCGGCUCGGCUUCACUCCGGCGAGUACACCAUCGAGCCGGACAUGAUGAUGAUCGUGUCCGGUUGCGGGGUAGUCUUCAACGUAAUCCUGGCGCUGGUGCUCCACGGCUGCGCCUCUGACAUCGCCCACCACCACAGCCACGGCGGGGCGGCGUGCCCAGGGGGCGGGGGGCGCGUCCCGGGGGGUUGGGGGCGGAGACACAAGCCCGCAGCCAACGGCGCGCUCCUCAACGGCGAAUACACCAUGAAGGACCUGUCCAGUGCCGAGGCCAACGUCGUCUCUACCGGCACCCGGAACAUAAAUUUACGAGCGGCAUUGAUACACGUGAUAGGAGAUCUCAUCCAGAGCUGCGGAGUACUCCUCGCCUCUGUCCUCAUCAAGCUCUACCCGGCCGCUAAGUUCAUGGACCCGGUGUGCACGUUCGUGUUCAGCUUCCUGGUGCUGCUCACGUCCGCCAGGGUGGUCCGGGACGCGCUCGGCAUGCUCAUGCAGGGAGUGCCUAAAGGGUUCAGGUACGGCGCUUGCGUGGCGGCCCUGCGCGCAGCUCCCGGGGUCCGCGGUGUGCACUCGUGCCACGUGUGGGCGCUGUCCACGCACCACACUUUACUAUCGGCGCACGUGGUGGUCGACGACCUCGCGGACCGGGACGCCGUGCUGUCACACUGCCAGCGCGUGGCGCGGGACUUCGGCGUGGAGUCAGCCACAUUCCAAAUCGAGAGGCACUCGCCGGCGGUGGAGAGCUGCGUUGUGUGCCGCUCGCAGCCGGCGGACAGGCCCUGACACCUGCCGACCCUCACGAGGUAGACCGUCACCAGCGGGAGCUCCUCGAUGUGAUGUCACAGAUAUGCUGAAAGGUAAUCAUUGUAAAAUUAUAUAGUUCGACUCUGAUGCCUGUCGACCCUCGCUGAGAUUACUAUGGUCAUGACGUCAUUAAAUUCAUUAAUUUGACACGUGAAUGCGGAGCUGAUGAGCACGUGCCCACGAUUGUGACGUCACGCACUGUAAAGUCCAAUAGUCGAAGAUAACCUGUAGGAGCUGUGAGCGAUUGCGUAUGACGUCAUAAUGUUCUAUAUUUAAAAGUAACGACUAGCGCCAUCUGUUGGUGGUUUGUGCAACUAAAUCGCGUGCCACUUGACAGAACGAGCUCGCAUCUUCUUUUUUAAAUAUGGCAACGGCUUCUAGCGGUGCCAUUGAUGUCAGUGUUAAAUUUAUAAAAACAUGCAUAAAUUAAAUAGGUAUGUACAUAUUCUAUUAAAUGAAAUAAGAUAUGAGGAGAAAUAAGAUGAUAUGAAAAUGAUCUCCGUAAAAUAGUGGUUAUUUAUUGAAACUUUUUCAGUGGACUCUUUGGAGGAACCCGAGAAGCCACGUCCGGUGGCUUUGUGUAAUUUCCCCACAUUUCGUCUUUUCGCAAAAAUAUUCGAAAUUCAGUUAAUAUGCG